AUCAUUGCAAGGGUGAGGGUAUGAAAUAAUUGUAGUAAGGUGGUAUGAAAUAAUUGUAGUAAGAUCUUUGAAACGCCCCCUCCCUUCCUUCUGAAAUACAAGCAUUUUAAAGGCCCUCCUACAUUAUGUGUGUGUUGGAUAUGACAAAAUAGCAAAGAAGCCAGCUGGUUGAGGGCUAAAGGAAAUGAACUGACCUUCUUGGCUGCCUUCUUCAAAAGCAAAAAAGGUAAAAAAAAUCCACUCACAGGAGACAAAACAGAUCUGCUGGAUUACGCUUAUUUCUUUUGGAUCCCUUGUUUCUCUGAAAAUGACUCAGAUACCUUCUUUGCCUUUGCUUUGAUGCUCAUUGGCACAAAAAAAAUAUCAGGAAACAAUAAAAAAUGGCAAGUGAUAUGUCCAAUUGCUAUCACUGCAUGGCUUCUCUUUGUGGAAAACAAUUUGCCAUGAAAGAAGAUCAUCCUUACUGCGUGAAGUGCUAUGACAGCCUCUUUGCUAAUUUCUGUGAAGACUGCAAGAAGCCUAUUGAAUGUGACUCCAAGGAUCUUGCUUAUAAAGGCCGCCACUGGCACGAAGGGUGCUUCAAGUGCGCCAAGUGUACUCAGUCUUUGGUAGAGAAGCCUUUUGCAGCCAAAGACGAGCUCUUGCUGUGUACAGAGUGUUAUUCCAAUGAGUACUCAUCCAAGUGCUUCCACUGCAAGAGAACCAUUAUGCCAGGUUCACGUAAAAUGGAGUUUAAGGGAGACUGUUGGCAUGAAUCUUGCUUUGUAUGCCAACACUGUCAACAACCACUAGGAAUAAAGCCUCUAAUUACCAAGGAUGGUGACAAUUACUGUGUUCCCUGCUUUGAAAAGCAAUUUGCUCAGCAUUGUUACUCCUGCAAAAAGGUGAUAACUACUGGUGGUGUGACUUAUCAUGACCAGCCAUGGCACAAAGAAUGCUUCCUUUGUAGUGGAUGUGAGAAGCAGCUUGCAGGACAACGGUUUAUUUCCAAAGAUGAGCAGCCUUACUGUCUUGAGUGCUUUAGCAGGUGUUAUGCAAAGAAAUGCACAGCCUGUGCCAAGCCCAUUACAGCUCUCGGGGGAGACAAAUUUAUUUCUUUUGAAGAUCGCCACUGGCACAGUGACUGCUUCAAGUGUGGGAAGUGUUCCAACUCUUUGGUGGGAAAAGGCUUUUUGACCCACCAGGAAGGCAUCCUUUGCUGUAGGUGUGGAAGCGCUGACUAUCAGAAACCUGCCGGCCAAGUAUAAUGGUUGUUUAGUUGUGCAAAUCAGUAUUCUUUCACAGAAGCAGUUACAUUCUAUGUACCUACUUUAAAUAGCCCUUGUUCUUGUUAAGAAAACAACUUCCAAUAUGUAUUAAUUUGGAAGAAUUCAUAGUCUGUCCUGCUUUCCUUGGAGGAGAGUGCACUCUGCUGUUUGAAAUACAGGGUUGUAUGGUUUUGCUGUACAUCAAAAUUCUAUUAAAAACUGGCUGUAACAUAGCUUGGCUGAAGAAACAGAAAACAGGACUUCUCCGACAGAACAAUAUGCAUCUUUUUCUGGCACCAUCUUUGUCCUUCCUAAACCAAUGUCAACAACAAAAAAUUAGGUUGGACAGACCAAAAAAAAAGGGGGGGGGAGAACAGCACAGCAAAAAAAAAAAAGGGAAGUUAUACUUUGCUGCAUCUAGGGAUGCCUUUCAUUAUAUCACCGCAGAAUCAAGUCAUAUCACAGUAAAUGUCACAUGGGAGUUCUAUAGAUGUUGCACCAACCAGGUGGAUGCCUUGUUCCUUUCCCAAAAUCCAGUGGAUAGGUUUGUGAGUGUCAAGGUCUGUAUUGGGAAUACAGGAGAUUUACAGCAGAAACAUCUCUUACUUGUUUUGAAAUGGAACAAGUGCCUGCAUUGUACAUAUCAUUGUAUAUAUUUAUGUGGCCAGUAGCAGUUUUAAGAGUGAGUGGAAAUUAUUCAUUAGGAAAUUAAUGUGUGUGUAAAACGUUAAAUCUCAGAUUCCUACUUCACCAAAGCCCCUUUCAAUGGUCAUCCAGCCUAUGACUGCAUUUGAUGGGUGUAGUGGCCAAGAGAAGGCAUUGGAGAUGUUGAUCAUGGAGCAUCUAGACUGUCCUUGAUAAUGUAGGUGGUCCAAUGAGAAUCUUGUCUAGGCUUCAAUCCUAUAGCCAGUUGCCUGAGAUUAUUGAACAAAUCUUUCAAAACAAAAAAACAACAACCAUGACAUGGGUCAGAAACAAUAUGAAGGCACACCAGCACCAUAACAACAAAUUCUCUAGUAAUUGUUUAUAAGUGUGAAGUACAAAAUAUUUUUCUCCUUACUUCAAAUACUCAUACAUGCCCUGUUUGAGUGUUGUUUGGUGCAAAGGAGGUUAUAGGGCGUGUAUUCCAAACCAAAGUCCCUUUUACAUACUACUCUUGGCAUGGAGAAGGUAGGCUUAUAUCUGCCUAUUUCUGCAGGUCUUUUGUUGUUGUUAGAAGCCCAAGGAAUGUAACAAGGCAUAUAAGACAGAAACUAAUGGCUCAGGUGUUUUCAAAAAGGAGAAAAUGCUUAUAAAUAAUGACAUUUUCACUUAUAUCUUCUACUGUAAAUAGUACCUAGUUUACAGGUUUCCUGUUUGCUUUGCUUUCGCUGAAACGAUGACGAACAACUAUGGUCACUCACUUGUGCUAUUCCAACAAAGGCUCAGUUUCGGUGUAUUAUUUUUUUAUCAGCUGUAUUGUUUUGCUCACGUGCCUAAAGCUAAUCCACACUCCAUCAAUAAUGGUCAAGUUGCUUGUUUAAACCUACAUACCAGGCUAUGUAAAUAUGUGCCUUCAACUCGCCUUUAAACCUAUGGUGACCCCAUGCAUUUUACAGGGAAUACUCCGAAAUGAUUUUCUUUCUUGGAAAUAUAGCUACAGAACCUAUAUUCAUUGACAGUCUCCCUCCCAGGUACUAACUGUGACUGACCUUGCUUAGCUUCCAAUAUCACAUGCGAUCUGGCGCCCUUAGGGCCUAUCUUUACAUUCUCCUUGCCUGACAACUCCAUCUUCCUGCUUCUACUAUUUCUCUCCUCUACAAGGCUAUCAGUUAUCAGAAACGCAACUAGGUUGCAAAGCCUUAAAAAAUCACGGAUGAGAUGGAUGUGCUCACUGGUUUAUAAGAACCGAAUGCACCUGUAAAUGCCAUACAGUUGAAAUGUGUGACCUUAGAGCAAAAAUUAGAACUCACAUAAAAUCGUUGUAUUCAAUCACUUUUCGCAUACUUUUUUUUUUUUAAAUGUAAACGUUUGACAUCGUCUCUCUUUUAAAAAAAGAAUAACUGGGCAUUUCUUGCUUUUUAAAGAAGGCUUCAUUAAUGACAAAAUUAUGUUUCCUGAUGGGAAACAGGAAAGCCUUAAAGACAAAUCCCAGCAAUCAGUUUUGAAAUUAAUACCUCCAAAUUAAAAAACAAAAAACAAAACAUAACAUGCUAACUGUAAGGUAUACACGUGAGGACAAUUAUGUAAUAGGACAGCCAUCCUCCACUAUUUUGGAAAAUAUACUAUAUACUUGUGUAUGUCUAGAAAUUUUGGUCAAAAAAACAGCCCAAAAAAACCUGAGUUAACUUAUCCACAGGUCAAUUUGAAUACUGUACCUUAUCUCUUAUCAGAAAAGGAACAUCCCUUUCUCUGAAGAGAGUAACAAAAGGCAAGAGCUCAGUCCGUACCAACCGAGAAAGCCAGAAGCUUUACCAUGGUGCAGCUUCUGACCUUUUUUCAAUAUCAAGUUUUUGGGAAAUAUGGGGUGGCUGAUUCCCUCAGUUGGAUUGGUGCUUUUCCCUUUUCAUUGAUUGACCCUCGACUUAUCCCCAGGUCACACCAAAAUUCAUAAUUUUGUCACCAAAACAAGCCCUUGACUUAUACAUAAGAUUGAUUUAUACAUGAUCAUAUCCAGGAGCUGCCCCCCCCCCCCCCCACAAAAAAAAUCACAGUAAUCACAUUGUCUAGUUUGACUCUUGGUAACCGUCUUGAUCUUUUCUCUUCUAAGGGAAGAUCCUUAGAUGGGUCUGAAUCCACAUGAGUUUUGUGGGGAAGUUUGGUGUUUUUAGUCCAUGCAGUACAGGUUCCCUGUUCCUGUCUGAAAUUGUACUUGCAACCUUUAUCAGCAGUCAUGGUUUCUAUAGAUGGGUUUCCAGCCAACACUACUUCUUUGUGCAAUGUCCUAGCCCAAACAUAUAUAGCACUGCUUUUGUGUUUUGGAAGAAGUUAUCAAACAAGUUCUACCUAUUGAAAUUCUUACUUUUGCAAAAAAACAAACAAACAAACAAAAACAUUAAGGAUACAGAAACCCCACCCCUGUUUUUCACCUGGCAAUGCUAAUGUGCAAAGAAUUAUGUUCAAGAUGUCUUUGUGUAGUAAUGUGGCUAAUGUGUUCACCCUAACAUUAAAUACUAUAAUCCUGUCCAAAUUGAAA